UGAUGAUGCAGUAAUUUCACUAUUUAUCGGUUUGGAUUUCGUGGCACUUUAAAUUGGAAGGCACUUCACAGCUUGUUUAUCGGAACGUUGCUACAAACGACGUUGUUUUCAGAUAAACACGUGACUGUCUAUCUAUCAACCCAACCAAACUCCGAGCUUAUGGCAGACCUCCAGACCAAGGCUGAACCCGGUUCGCUUCCAGCUCCGCCACCGCUGCUUGACGCCGCUGAGAAAAAAGUGGUGGCGGCGCCACCACCGCCUGCUCCGGCAGCGGCAGAGGAAUCCAAAGCUCUUGCUGUUGUGGAGAGUGAGAAGAUACCAGAUCCUGUAAAAAAGAAGGCCACAGGUGGAUCCCUUGAUAGAGAUAUUGCUCUUGCUGAAAUAGAGAAAGAGAAAAGGUUGUCUAAUGUGAAGGCAUGGGAAGAAAGUGAAAAAUCCAAAGCUGAGAAUAAGUACGUGACUUUAUUCAGAUCUUGUCACUUAUUAUUUUUUUGUUGA